AUGCUGCAGCACCUUGCAGACACACUCGCAGGACAUAACAUCUCCCAGUAUAAUACUCUCGUGGUGACGAAAGACGGUCGUGCCGAUCCCCAACGCUGGCGUGAAGUUCGACGGCGAGGCAAUGUGCGCAUCUACAAUGAGCGCCUAACGUCUACUGCACAGUGUCCAGCAACACCGCAGCUUCUACUACUAGGUACUAUCGAGGGGAAGUUAGAAGAGGUCAUGUAUGGGGCAGUGGCAACCACGGACGAGGCCAUGAGGAUUCAGUCUGCCUGCACGAAGGACAACGUUCGAGACAGCAAGGUGCUGUACGAGAUCGUCCAGCCAAGCUUUCACGACCCGUUCCGUACCGUCGCCGUAAAAUGGCGACUGUACGAGGGACGUGACUACGUGUCUCUCGAUGCAACAGGAAUCACUCAAGUCGGUGGAUGCGAACGAGUAGGAUAUAGCAUUUCACACUCGGUGGCUCUGUCGGACAUCCCGAGCUUUGAGCGAUCUCACGGCAUCGAGCGAGGAAACAUGUCCGUGUGCGCACUGUACCGCCAAAAGACACCCACGACAGUGGAGUGCUACGUUCGUGGCUUCUUCGACUUCAACACGAAAAAUGAGGUGCUCAAGAACAUGUCACUCCAGACUAUCGCGACGCAGUGGUCGGCAUACGCACGGAAGAAUUCGUGUGCUCUAGCCAAGAAAUUGUCCUGGAAAGUACGCAAGAACUGCGGGUGGAGCUCUCAGUCCUCUCGAACGUAUUCGUUCGCCGAUGACUUGGACGACUUUGUAGCCCCAACGGCCAGGCAUCGACCAGCAAGCUCUAGCGGACCUAUUCGAUGCGCCGUGUGCCACAAAGCAUCCAGCUUCUUACAGUCGAUCCGACGGACUUGCACGAGCUGCGAGCUGCCAGUAUGCUCGAAGUGUGCCGUCAAGAAAACGGUCGUUGCUCUCGCGCCUGACCAACACACCAUACUGGAGCGGAAGCGCGCAUUUUGCGUGCCUUGCAUGAAUGCAGUGGAGAGCUGCGAUGUGAUGCCCAUCGCGAGGGAGGAACUCGUGGGUCAGUUAGAAGAAGAGAGCGAAGAAGACAUCGACGUAUACUGGGCUCGGCUGUCGUCCAUGACCGCUAAUUCCAGCUGCUACUCGAGCGUCGUGUCUCGACAAAGCAGCCUGGCCAGUAGCUUCGGCAGCUUGAGCAGCUCCAACUUGGCUGAGGUCUUCAACCGUCCCAGUCUCGUUGGCCGAGUGACUUCACUUUCGCAGCUAAUGAGCGAUGCACCGACGCCUCCGCUACCCCCCGCAAGCCGGCGGACCAGCGCGAGCCCCGUGAGUUCCGCGGCUGCGCAAUGGUCUCAUGUGGGCCAUCACCGCACUAGUAUCUCUCCGGAGGCGACCUUCGAUGAACAGGACGCGCAGAUCAAGCAGGAGCUGCUGGCGCUCAUCACUCAGUACCUGCAGCAGGAAGGCUUUGCCAUGUCUAGCGCUACGAUCCAGGACGAGGCCAAUGUCAAGUCCCACGGCAGACUACAGGAGCGGGACGCAUUGCGUCGUCUAGGAUCCGCUAUUAUGGACGGGGACUGGGACCUCGUAGCCAAACUUCUGGGCAAGCACCUUAAGAAGUUUCACGCCGCCCACCAGGGCUUCCUCUACGCUGUAUGCAAGCAGGAAUACUUAGAGCUCAUCGACCGACAAGAGUAUCAGAAGGCUUUCACCUUCCUCACCACGCACCUCAAGCCGCUGGAGAAGGUGGCGGCGGCCACGAGCUCCAGUCGCCACGAGUUCAAAGAGCUCUGUUACUUGCUCACAUGCAAAGCUGUGGGAGAGUCAGACGCCUUCCGUGACUGGGAGGGGGUCGUCAGGUCAAGAGAGAAGCUUGUGGAGCAGUUGAGAGCUACCUUCGCUCUGGAAGAAGUCAUCUCUCCCCAACAGGACGGAGAUGCGGCCAUGACGACUCCACCGGUGGCCAUGCCAGACAACAGGCUAGUACAGUUACUGCACCAAAGUGUGGCGUAUCAGAUGGAGUUCAGUCGAUAUCAUCCCAAAACUAUCCCCAAGGUAUCGACGUUACUUCGAGACUUCGAAUGUGAGGUGCUGCCGAACGCAGUCAAAAGCACUUACGUUGGUCACUCGCAGAAUGUAAAAUUUGUCACGUUCGUGGGAACGGACGGUGAGUUAUUGGCGUCUGGAUCCAGCGAUGCCACGAUUAAGCUCUGGCCGACUGAACUGCCCGAUACGCAUCAGGAGAGCGGCGAAGAGCAAGUGGACGAGACCACUGGCACUGUUUGUCGUCAAUGGACGCGAGAUCUGCUUGGCCAUUCGUCCAGAAUCUGGUAUCUUACUGCGAGUGCGUCGGGGGAGCGUCUCUAUUCCGGAUCGGGUGACGGGACCGUGAAGGUUUGGGAUCUUCGUGCAGCUUUAGAAGAGCGUGCUGUCGCUCAGCAGGCUCUGGAUGAUGGCGACGACCUGUUAAACGGUCAGCGUGGAUCUAACGUCAUGCAGUCUGCUGCAGCGGAUGUUUCCUCUGGUGCCACCUCCGCGAUUGCUGCUGCUACAACAUUGCCUCACAAUUACUCGGUGACGUCAUCGGAGUGUCUAGCCACACUCAUGAGUCCAAACGGUGGCGAUGUGUACACAGUGAACUUGCAUCCCAGUGAGACGCAUUUGGUGACUGGAGGCUACGACCAGAGUGUGCGCUUGUGGGAUAUUGCUACUGGCGCAGUGGUCAAGACUUUCCGCAAUCACUUUGCGUCCGUGUGCGAUGUCCAGUUUAACAGACAUGCCAACUUCAUUGUGAGCGGCUCAAAAGAUGGCACCAUUCGAUUGUGGGAUAUCCUUAGUGGACUGUGUGUCCACACAUUACGUCAGACACUUGGAGAAGUCACGUCCAUCUCGAUGGCUUCAAAUGGCUACACACUGCUAAGUGGCUCACGUAACAACAGUAAUCGUCUCUGGGACUUGCGAAUGCUUCACACUCCACGUGCUCACCUGUCAACUGGACUGAGUAGUGGUGCAUCGACUGGAUCAAGUGGGUCUCUCAGUAGUUUCUCGAUCGGAGGCAACGGAGGCGUCGUGAAUGGCUACGGAUCGGGCUACGUUUCCGCCAAUGGAGUUGGAAUUUCAGGAGGCGCUGGUUAUGGUAGCAGUGGCAACCUAAGCGCAAGUGGAAGUAUUAGUGGUGGAAGCACCGGCUUCUCAGGCAGUCGCCAUGCAGAGCAACGCCCCCUCCAGCGCUUCAAGGGACAUCAAAACACAGCGAAAAACAUCGUGCGAGCAUCCUUCGGUCCACGCGAGAGUUUUGUCCUGGGUGGAUCGGAGGAUGGCUACGUGUACGUGUGGGAAGUGGCUACGGGCAAGUUGCUGGAACGCCUUUCUGGUCACCGUGGUGUUACGUAUAAUGCGCGAUGGCACGAAAAGCAGGCGUUGCUUGCUUCAAGCUCCCAUGACGGCACCGUUAAGACGUGGUGGUGGCAAGACAAAGCCAACUAA